CCUUGCUUCGAGAGCAAGCUCAUCUCUAGAACAAACUGACGAAGCUUCUCUGCUGGUGUUCAUCAGAACAGACACCAUGGAGGAGUAUGACGACUAUGAAGACCCUGGGUUCUUCAAUAGUUCCAGUGACAGCAGGCAGGAGCAUAAACACUACCUGCAGUUCAGCAAGAUCUUUCUGCCCUGCACGUACGUGGUGGUGUUCGUCUGUGGUCUGGUGGGGAACUCCCUGGUGCUGGUCAUAUCCAUCUUGUACCAGAAGCUGAAGAACCUGACAGACGUGUUCCUGGUGAACCUGCCCCUGGCUGACCUGGUGUUCGUCUGCACUCUGCCCUUCUGGGCUUAUGCAAGCAUCCACGAGUGGGUCUUUGGCAACGUCAUGUGCAAGACCCUACUAGGCAUCUACACUAUGAACUUCUACACAUCCAUGCUCAUCCUCACCUGUAUUACUGUGGAUCGUUUCAUUGCAGUGGUUCAGGCCACCAAGACUUACAACCAGCAGGCCAAGAGGAUGAUCAGGGGCAAGGUCAUCUGCUUGCUCAUCUGGGUGAUCUCCCUGCUGGUUUCCUUGCCCCAGGUCAUCUAUGGCAAUGUCCUCUAUCUUGACAAGCUCAUCUGUGAUUACCACGAUGAGGAGAUUUCCACUGUAGUUCUCACCACCCAGAUGACACUGGGGUUCUUCCUGCCACUGCUUGCCAUGAUUGUCUGCUACUCAGUUAUAAUCAAGACCCUCCUUCAUGCUCGAGGUUUCCGGAAGCACAGAUCUCUAAAGAUCAUCUUCCUGGUGGUGGCUGUGUUCCUGCUGACUCAGACGCCCUUCAACCUCGUGAAGCUCAUCCGCAGCACAAGCUGGGAGUACCACGCCAUGACCAGCUUUCAUUAUGCCAUCACAGUGACGGAGGCCAUCGCAUACCUGCGGGCCUGCCUUAACCCUGUGCUAUAUGCCUUUGUUGGCCUGAAGUUUCGGAAGAACUUCUGGAAACUUGUGAAGGACAUUGGCUGCCUCCCUUACCUUGGGGUCUCACAUCAAUGGAAGUCUUCUGAGGACAAUUCCAAGACUUAUUCUGCCUCCAACAAUGUGGAGGCCACCAGCAUGUUCCACUUGUAGGCCUUGCCGGGGCUUGGAGAAGCUGCUCUGGAAUUUACAGGAGCACGGCUGUGUCCUCUGGAUACGACGAGGAAGGCUUUGUUUAUAGCUUAUGCAUUCUCCUGGAGAAGUAAUCAAAUGCUCUGGCUGGUUCCGAACGCUGCUUCUCAUACACGAACAUAAUCUGUUCUUUUCUAGAACAUCCAUGCCUAAAGCUCAAAGGAAGGUCUAAAAUUUUUAAGGGCUUGAUGAAACCAAGGGGCUAAUGUAUGACUCUUAAGAUUUCAGGUUCUCCUUUACUGGACAUGGAGCUGAAGGUUGAAGAAGAAGUGAGCAAACAAAGCUGUUGACGGUUGCUGGGGUCCCAAGUACAGAGGACUCUUCUGACUACUGGGCAAGCAGUGGAGACGAGGGCAGCCAUGAGCACAGGUGCCGGCCUACAUGGCUCAGACUCAACCAGCAGGCACCCAACAAGAAUAAGAGCAGGCUCUGCCUCGCCUUGGCAUUUGACUGUUGUGUAGGUUGAUGUUCUCUUUGAUUCAUCCUGAAAGGACUAGUACCGGGGACUAUAAAUGGGCCAGAGCAAAUUAGAGUAGGCUGAGAAUUCCAGUGGUCCAUGGAAUGCUUGAAAAACGUGCAAAAUAAAUACACAAAGAGUGCGAUGUACACCAUCCGGGGGAUGGACA